AUGUCCCAAUAUCCCCAAACUCAGAGACAACAACGAUCAGUAACUAAUGUGAACAAUGUUUCCUUCGCUGGAUCUCAAUUUAGCAAUCAAAAAUAAAGUGAAGCUUCACUUUCUCCAAUGAAGAAUCAAGAAUUUGUUAAACCCAAAACACAAAGAGUCUAUAAAACAUAAACUAUGAAUUCCAUGCCUACAAUGUAAGGAAUUCCUACGAUGACAGGAAUCCCAAAUGCAUUUACAGUAUAAUAAAAUUGUGUGGCAGCUCAACCCUUAUGCAUGAACAUCAUAGUAGUUUCUAAAGAAGAAAUUGAAAUGCCUUGGAGACUUGAAUGCGAGUAUUUACAAUCACUAAUUACUGAACUUCAAAAUAAAUAACAAGGCAAAUCUGUUUAAAUUGUAGAGAAAACAAUAACGGACAACUCAAGAGUCGAAUUGUUAGAGUCAUAACUCAAAGAAUUAAGAAGACAAAAUGAAUCUUUAUAGUAUGAAUUGCAUACAUCAAAAAUUAAUUAUGAAAAAGAAUUACAAAGAAUAAAUAGCACAUUUGAACUUAGGAGUGCCUAAGUUGAAGAUAUUUCAUAAAAAGAAAGCGAAUUUUAUCUUAUUAGAAUCAAAUUAGAAGACCAAAUAUCCCAAUUGGAAAGUAAAAUAAAAUAAUCAGAAUUUCAAUUGAGAAGAUCAUCAGAUGAAAAUGUUAGAUUACAAUAAAUAAUUAAUUCUCGAGAAUCUGAAAUCAAUUCUCUUAGAAUCCAAAUUACUUCCAUUUAAUCUAACACUAACAAUAGCGAACUUGCUAGAAUCAGAGAAUUGGAAACACAAAUAAGAUACUUAAACUAAGAAAUUGAUAAUGUUAAUUCAAAACUUAUUAAUUCCAAUAAUGAAAAUUAACAAUUAAGAAUUCAAAUCUAAAGUUUUGAUUAUAAAUCAGAUUAAUAAAAUAACGAACUUAUACUUAAAUUACGAGAAUAUGAAAGCAGAACUACUAUGCUUACAUCUGAAAUAGAGCGUCUUAUUUAUUCACUCAAAUAAAAAGAAAUUGAAUUAGAGGAGUGGAAGUCUAGAUAUUAGUAAUUGGAAAUGUCUGGAUCUUCUGUUUUCUAAGAAAAAGUAGAAUAUCUAUCCUAAGAAGUAGAAGUUUGGAAAUCUAAAUUCAUCAGAGCAAAUCAUGAAUUCAAUAGAUGCUAAGAAGAAAUCACUAUGUUAUAGGCUGAAUUAGAAUCAUUCAAAAAACAAAGAAAAUAAGAAUUAACAAUUACUUCGAGAGUAGUUACUAAAUAAGCAACGACUUAAAAUAGUGGUUAUAAAUAAUACUAACAGUGA